AUGAGUAUGGAUGAUUCCAAUAUUGAUGAUAUCUUGCAGCAGAGGCAAGAUUCCGAGCAGCCAAGUCCGUCGGAGUUAUCUGCCGAACAAGCAAUCUCAUCUAUUGCACAUGAGUUAACAAAAGAUACAGAAGAUCACGAACUGCUGGUUUUUGAAGAACAGAAUCUUGAUCAUUCAGCGGAAGACAAACAGGAGCGGAAGAGACAGAAAACUGAUGCCUCAGUUAAGUCAGUUGAAGUGUUAAACCAGACACACAAGGAUAACAGUACAGCCAAUUUCACCGAUGAUGUAUCUCAGGGAGGAAAUACAAACGUCCAAUCAACACGUGAUGAAAACUCUGAGGAGAGUACAGCAGAUUUGAUUCAACAAGCUCACGACCAGUUGCAACAUUUACAACUGCAACAGCAACUGCUGCAACAACUGCAGCAACGACUGCAACAAUUACAACAAAGAUUACAACAUGAAAGUUCAGAAGGUCACGGUAAGAUGAAGGAAGAAGUCUUGAAUGGAUCGCCUCCCUUUGAGUUGAGCAAUAGACCCAGCAAAUCCCAGGAGGAACGGCCGAAUGGGCAACAUACGAAUCGCUCAUCGUUAUCUGCAAUCCCCUCAGACUCUGAGCUCUUCAACACAAAUGCCGCACAUGUCGCUUACUCUUCAUUGUCGUCACAGUAUCAGCCGCUGAGUGUCGACUCCAACCAUGCUGUGUUUACACUGGCAAAUUUGUCAGUGCUACCUUUGCCAAUUAUAGGAGCCGAUUUUUUACCACCAAGAAUUCAACUUUUGAUCAACACUUUACCGACAUUGGAUAAUCUAUCGACGCAGUUGCUACGUAUUGUUGCAAAGUCUUCCUACAAACGAAUCAUCGACAUCGCUUCCAAUCCGGAAACACCUGAAGGUGCGACAUAUCGUGACUUGACUUCGUUGUUUGAAUUUACGAAAAGGUUGUACUCUGAAGAGGAUCCAUUCUUAACUGUGGAUCAUAUAGCACCGGGAAUGUGGCAUGUUGGUGAAGAAACACCUCGUGUUUUUAAAACCAAGGAGCAAAGUAUUGAAUCGACUCUUAGAAAAGUGAAUUUAGCGACAUUCCUAGCAGCUGCAUUGGGUACGAUGGAAGUUGGAUUCUUUUAUUUGAACGAAUCGUUUUUAGAUAUAUUUUGUCCUGCUCACGACUUGGACAUCAAGUACCAUCUAAGUGACACUAGCUACUUGGACACGGCGAGCACUUUAGGUACGAGUAUCCAAACUGGUAUAGGGUCUUCUGUGGGUGGUAAAAUCGGUAAAUUGUUGAAGCCACAGGCUAUGUUAUAUCUUGACUUGAAGACACAAGCUUACAUAUCGGCUAUCGAAGCAGGGGAACGGUCCAGGGAGGAUAUUUUAGAAGAUAUAUUACCAGAUAACAUGGAUCAGAUAUUGAUGGCCAGAAGACAUGUUGAUUUGCUAUUACCUUCGGAGGAUGAUUUUGUGGAAAAGUGCAAAUCAAGAAAAUCCCUAUUGCUCAACUACAAUGAGGAGGAAACACAAACACCCUUAAGUGACGAAUUCAAAUGGUUUACCUUUUUAAGAGAUCUUUUUGAUUAUGUUUCAAAGAACAUGGGGUACUUAAUCUGGGGCAAGGGCGGAAAGCCCGUUAGGGACAAGAAGGAACAUACCCCAAUAAGUCCGGAUAUGUAUGACCAAAUUAAUGCCAGGAUGAACUACCGACCACCCAGAGCUGGUGGUGACGAUAGUGAUUCGGGUGACACAGCUAAGCUUUUACCUUCGGAGAUACGAGAGCAACAAAUACAUGUCAAUGGACAUAAACCUAGUCAGAGAAGACCAUGGACUCGGGACGAGGAAAAGGCAUUCAGACACGCUUUGGAAUUAAACGGCCCCCAUUGGUCGAAAAUCCUCGACUUGUUUGGAAAAGGUGGUAAAAUCAAUGAAGCAUUGAAAAACAGGAAUCAAGUUCAACUUAAGGAUAAGGCGCGUAAUUGGAAAGUGUUUUAUUUGAAAAAUGGAAUGGAAUUGCCCCUGUAUUUGAAAACGGUAACGGGUAAUUUGGAGGAUCGAGUCAAGAGAAGCAUUUCCCGACAGGAAAAAACAGCCGCAGCGCCUGUUCCAAAUGUGCAUAAUCAAAAGAAACGACAACAACAGGAGCAAGCUAAGGAGCAAGAGAGGCAGCAGGUACUAUCAAACCGAGAAGGUGAAGAUAGCAACAUUGAUACCAGUUUUAAAUAA